AUGGCCGAUCUUCUCAGACUUGUCGACGGCAAAGUCCUAACUAACACCGACGUUCAACCCCCAGCCCAAUGGACAAACGACUACGACGAAAUGGGCGGUGAUGAGCAAUGGGGUCCGGAAGGCAAUGUCCUGCGAAUGAUCACAGUCUUCGGCAUUGAGGGUGAAGUCAAGCCGCUUUUUGCGAUGGACCCCGAGGCCGGGGAAGCUUUGUCUCUAUUCCAGGUUGGGGAUGGGCCGUUUUAUUUCUUUAAUAUUGAAGAUCUUUCGAUUUUCAAGAUCACCAGUCAUUCUGAUUUGAAGGAAAUUGCUCAGAUCAUUGAUAGUAAGGGGCUUGCUGGGCUUAGAGUUGAGGCUUUAUAG